GCCCGACCCGGCUAUGCGGCUUACGAUGCCUCAGAGUAUCUGGACGAGCCGGCCGUGCUUCAGGAGAAAGUGCGAAUGCUCGCAGAAAUGUGGAGGCGGAGUGGUGCCGACACGGUGAUCUACACCGGUGCAGGACUUUCAACAGCUUCAGGCAUCGGGGACUAUGCCUCCAGAGCCAGUAGCUCUGUCGCACCCCACAAGAAGAUCGCCUCCACUGGCAGCCGGUUGGAGCUAUCCCCGACUUUCGCCCACCAUGCGCUGGCAGCUGUGGCCGAAAAAGGGCUCAUCGGGAACUGGGUCCAGCAGAACCACGAUCGCUUGGCUCAGAAGGCAGGCUUCCCUCAGGCUAAGCUGAAUGAGAUCCAUGGCGCAUGGGGCGACAGCAAGAACCAGGUAAAGAUGAUGGACGAUACCCUCCGCCAUGACUUGCUCCAAUGGCUGCUCUCCUGGUCCCUUCGUGCCCGACUGUGCAUAAGCCUGGGGACCUCCCUUUGCGGGAUGACCUCAGAUGAGAUCCCAAAUGCCGUGGCAGAGCGCUACACCCAGGGCGAAGGUGAAGGGCUCGUCAUCAUCGGCCUGCAGCGGACCUUCUAUGACGAGCGGGCGAGCCUCAGGAUUUGGGGGCUUUGCGACGAGGUGAUGAGCCUUUUGGCGAAGGAGCUCCGAUGCAAAGUGCCAGAUCCGAAAGUGGCCCGCCGGGGCGAGGAGUGGGUGAGCAAGCAUCCAAGGCUCACUUACAGCACCCCGACGAGGAAGGUAUGCUACCAGGAGCACCGACAGGAGCUCAUUUGUGAGAAUUCACAAGCUUUCACGAGUGAAGUCGGUGCCGAUGGGCAGGCUGGCAAGCAAUUCGCCAUACUCCGGGACGAGCGCACUUUGAGGCGGCCGGUUGGGAUUCGGCCGUAUGGCAUGGAGCUUCUUCGGUCAGUUGGGGUUCCUGAGCUCAUGCACAUGGGCCAUCGCAUGAAAAAGGAGGGUGACUUCGUCUUGAGCAAGCCAGGGACCUACUUCUUCGACCAGUUCCGUGACGGCGUCCCAUCAUGGGACGGCAACGCGAAUACGUUCCAGGCCUACGAGGAACAAGUUCUGGUCUGGGAGCAGGGUGUCAAGUAUGAGAACCGAUACCUAUGUGGACCUCGACUUUGCGGGGAAUUGACAGGAGCUGCGCAACGAAUGAUAGUCGGCAAAGAGCCGACAUGGGUGUCAUUCAAUGGCGGCGUGGCCAUUUUCCUGCAACACCUGCGACAGAGCUUGGGACGACCUCAGAUUCCGGAAGCCACAGAAUUUUUGAACAAGUAUUUCCGGAACAGCCGGCGCAGAGUGGGAGAAGGCAUCAACGACUACAUUACAAGAAAAACGGAGACGUACUGGAGAGCCUGCCAGGCGUUGAAAAGAGUGAUGCCUGCCAGCAAGAAAGCAGCGCCAGCGGCCACCUCGUGGACUGGACACCAUCCAGGCGGCGGGCCUGGAUGGAGCAGCAGACGAUCCAGUUGGACCUCUACAGCGUCCAACCCCGGUGGAGACGACAAUGACGACGGAGACGGUGACAUCAACACCGGAGAGAACAACACGGAGACGACGUGGACAUGGAGCUCCUCGACCUCUUGGUCCUCCUGGGAUUGGCAUGGCCAGUACUGGAACAAGUACCCGUGGUACUCCAGCUGGGAGUGGAAGCCAGGCUCCGAGACCGGCGCCCCCCAGGAAUCCCAGGUGGAGAUCCUUCCCGAGUUUGUGCAGGCGUGGUACCUCCUUGCAGAUGCGGGCUUAUCCGGCUAUGAGAGAAAUUUGAUCCACACGGCAGUGGCUGGCGAGUACACGCUGGCCAAGGUGGCGCACGAAUUGCGCACUCAGCAUGGCGAGCAGGAUCAGCGAAGGAGGGAACACCACAGCCAGGCCUACAUCGGCGAGGAGAUCGAGGACUACGUCGACGAGGAAAUCGAGGAGCCGCCCGAGGCGUUUGAGUGCGACCUGAACGACAACCUCAACGAGGAGGGCUCAGCGAUCUGGUCGGAGAACCAGAGGGAGAUUGACUCGGCAUGGGCCGUCCUUCGUGAGGCCCGUCGAACACUCAAAGCUGCUCGGGAGAAACAACAUCAGGUGAAGUUGGCUCGCAAGUACUACCAGCCUCGCGACCGAGAAAACUCCGGCCGCCCCCGCGACGACUCAGGGAUGACAUGCUUGCGCUGCGGCCUCAUUGGCCACAGGGCACGCAACUGCCCCAAAAAGCCAGGCGAAGCUGACGGGCCAGGCCAGUCAAAGCAAAUGGCUCCCUUCGUGUGCUACGCGCAGACCAAUGAAGGUGCUUUGGCUGCCGGGCCCACCACCAAGGAGGCGGUUGAUGCCGGCUGCUGUGUCAUCGACGGCGGGGCGACCAAGACCAUUGGAUCAGUCCGAGCCCUCGAGCAGAUCUUCAAGCGCAACAUCGAGAAGUACGGCAAGGACAGGGUCGAGAAGAUCGACCUGUCAGACCGACCAGUGUUCGGCUUUGGCAACUCCAGUGAGGGCCAGUGCGUGUCGACCAUCCACUUGGGAGUGGAUGCCAACCAGCACCAGGGCAAGCUCCUGGUGCAUGCCUUGGACGAGGGCGAGGGGCCCGUGCUCUUCUCGAUCGACGCGCUGAGGAAGCUGGAUGCCAUGAUUGAUUUUAGGCGAGAUUUGAUCGUUUUUCGUGAGCUGGAUCCUUGCAAAGUGAUUUCUUUGAAGCGGUCCCAGACCGGGCAUCAGCUCCUGGAUUUGACAGCGGAUCUUUUUGAUAAUGCUCGAGGGACCAACAAACCGGAAACACUCCUGGAGGGAGGGGAGACAUGCGACUACCGCCUCAGUCGCCUGGGGAACUGGCUGAUGAAUCAGGCAGACGAGGACUUCGGGGAGCACAUCGACAAGGACCCGGUGAAGGACAUCACCAAGACCCACGCGGAGAUGUUGCCCAAGGCAAAGAGCAAGGCCCUGGCCACGACGGGCGGCAAGGGCUAUUGUGCCAAGCAGGGACGGGGAACCAUCGGACGAGAUCAACCCGGCUCCUCCAACGAUGUGGCCGAGGAUGCGGUUGCCAAUGCCGACACCAUGAAGCUUCUCAUGGCCACCAUGAUGUCCAUGAAGGAAGAGAUCAAGCAACUCCGGGAGACACAGAACCCGGAGGAGCCGCGCCGCAAGAAGAAGGAGGAAUCGGAGACCGACACGAAGGCUCCCACCGAGACGAGCUUCACAAUGGUCCUGGAGCCGGUAGAGUCUCGCCAGCUUUCUGCUGGCGCCGCGCAGGCUCUAGAGAACAAGUCUUGGAGCGCAGUGCCACAGCUGUUUUCGCAGUCCGAGAGUUUGUGGGAGAAGAGAGCGCUGCUUCAUGUUGUAGCCGUUCAAGUCAUGGCGGAGGACGCCGGGCAUAG